AUGGCUAUGACUAUGGAGAAGACCACUUCUAUCACUGUUAAAGAAGACGAUAAUGCCCUCGACAAACCAAAAGAUUUACCGCCUCCAAAGAAUGAAGCACCAGGCUCAAAUAUACCUCCUCCUGGCUCACCCGCCUCUCCUUCGAUUUCAACCGUCUCUGCCACUUCCCCAUUUCCAACUACGUCUCCGCCAACAAAGACCAUGUCUGCUCCACAGUCCCUAAUCACCGACCCUGUGAAAACGGUGUCGUCGGCUCAAACCUCUCCCAUUCAGUCGUCUCCCGUUCAAACCUCUCCCACAACUCCUACCGCCUCGGCAACAACUUCUACAGGAAACGCUGUCAACACUGUUUCACCGCAAGGAACAACACAUAAAACUCAAGCAGCAUUUGUAAAUAAACUGUACACAAUGGUUGAAGAUGUAUCGAUACAGCAUUUGAUUGCAUGGGCACCUUCCGGUGAUGUGUUCAGUGUCUCCAAUCCAACCGAAUUCUCCAAAACUGUCCUUCCACAGUAUUUCAAACACAAUAAUUGGCAGAGCUUUGUCAGACAAUUAAACAGUAUGUUGACAUUAUACGGGGAGAAGUAUAUCUUGUUGUUCUUUAUCACUGUUCUUUCAUCUGCUGCAUCAAAUGACUGA